ACGGUUCGUAUGUAAAAUUUAUGUGGUGGGGGUAGAUUGCCAAGGCAAAACUUAUGUUGACUUCAGUAUAAUCCUUGAAAGCAAUUCAUGUCAUCCGAAAUGAUCAAACUGACGAGCACUACAGAUAUUAGUGGUUGCACCCUGGUAAUUCCUGCUGUAGCAGUGGGGAAUGUAGCGCAGUUAACUGUUGAUCUAAUAAUUUCCAGUGGAAAAUUUGAAAAAGUUGGACACAUUAUGACUUCUUGUUUUAUUCCCAUCAUCGGGGGUAAUCCCUACCUCGAGAAAUCCAUGGAACUCUGUACAUCGUGUGAUAUUUACCAUAAUUCUGAGAGAAAACUCGUUGUCAUCCAGUUAAGAUCACCAAUGGUGAAAAAACCCAAUGCGUUUUUCCAAAGUGUCAAGGAGUUUGUUGAAAAUCAUAAAAUAGCUAAGGUGGUUAUUUUAACGAGUGGAUGGGCUCACACUCGGACAGAUGUACAAAUCCAGAGUGAACCGUUACGAUACAAAGCAUCCCCCGAAUUUCUCUCAAAAUUUAGUCAACAGAUUGACUCCGACUGGACUGAGCUGGAAAAAUCACCGAAUUUCCUCGGUCAUCCAGAAGAUGCAAGAAUUCCAGGAGGUGGAUUCGCCCCUUCUCUCUACAAAUUCCUGAGUCACAAUGCAAUUCCAACAGCCAUUCUCCUCCGAUUCUGCUCCGAAGGAGACAACAUACCGGACGCAGUAGCUCUCAUGAAUUUCACGAGCAAAUGGAUUUCCCUGAACGGCAACGAAAUCAAAAUGCCCAACUCGUGGAAGUUUCUGUUUGGAAAGCCAGCCCCAAUGAGCUUCUACUAAGUGUCUGAACAAAACGUUAUAGCCCCCUCCACCCUCUCCCUGUCUAUAUGAUUAUAAAUAAUAAAACAUUUGAACUCUUAA